AAGGUCUUAGUUAUACCAUUUUACAUAUGAAAAACAUUUCGACUACAAAUACAAAUUUGCAUAUUUUCUUUUUCAUUCAUCCAUUUAUUUAUGAAACUUUUUAUUGAUUUAUUUAAUUUUCAUUAAAUACUAUUGUCUUAGUUAUUUAUUACUUUUAUCUCCCUUAUGAAACAAAAGACUCUUACUGAACUACUAUAACCCAGGUUAGUACUGGAAUCCCCUGAAAGCAUGCUAAUAUGGAGAAGUAAAUGGAUUCGGUAUUGCUCUCUGAAUUUUCUUCAAAAUUGUCGGCGAUUUACUUGUUGUCAUGUUGCAAAUAAGUCACCAAAAGUGAAAGAUGUGCAUUUGCUUCAAGGUGCUUUGGGGCCUCCAUUGGAAUUGAUUCAACCCAAAGAAAAAACUCUUCUGCCUCCUUUAUUAAAGGAAGUUAACCUUCAACAAAAAAAAUUCGCCGAUUGCAUUCUGCUAACGAGAGUUGGUAACUUUUAUGAGUUGUACUUUGACCAAGCAGAGGAAUUAGGUCCUCUAUUGAAUUUACGAGUUUCAAAAAAGAAGACUUCCCAUUAUGAAGUUUCUAUGGCUGGAUUUCCUUUCUUUAAGCUUGACAGGUAUCUGAAAAUUCUGGUAGAAGACCUAAAGAGAUGUGUUGCUCUAAGUGAAGAAGCUCUUCGUCCGGCUGAUGAUUUCUCUUCAAAAAAUAUGUACACUCGCUUUGUUACACGUGUAAUAACCCCAGGUACUCUCAUUGAUGAGAACUUUAUGGACCAUUUCCAGAGUAAUUAUGUGAUGUCUAUUAUUUCGCAAGAUUCUGUAAAUAAUGCUAAUCAAAAUGAUAACGUUUCUGAAGGAUUAAACGAAAAGUCUUCUAGUCUUCGUAUCGGAUUAUCGUGGUUGGAUUUAUCAACCGGUGAAUUUUUUUCCCAAACUAGUGAUCAUCAACGUUUGGUCGGGGAUUUAGCACGUAUUCAACCGAAGGAAAUUGUUUUGGAUAAUCGCCUACAAGGCGUUGGCUCUCACCCUAUUUUGGAGAGUAUUGAUCGAAGUAUUUAUUUUGUAUCUUACACUCCCAUGCAAGAUUGGAGCUUCCAGCAAUGGUCUGCUUAUUUAGAGAAAGAAAUUGAGCCUACAUACAUCGAGAAUUGCUCUAUUAUAGAGAAGAGAGCUGGUUCUGUCUUGUUGUCGUAUGUUUCCGAUCGUUUACUAAAUUCACAUACUAAUCUUCGGGCUCCUAUUCACGUAUCUUUACGUGACUCCAUGCUGAUUGACGCUUCCGCUAUGAAAGGACUUGAAAUAAGAUCAUCCUUACAGGAAAAUCGCUAUACCGGUAGUCUAUUGCAUGCAAUAAAGAGGUCGGUAACUAAAUCUGGAUCUCGUUUGUUGACACAGCGAUUAUGCUCUCCUUCUACUGACAUUUCUGAAAUCAAUAGAAGGCUUGAUUUAGUCGAAGUGUUUAUCCAUCGUGAUCAACUUCGAACAGAAAUAAGGCAUUUACUUAAACGAUCGAACGAUACCCACAGAAUACUUCAACGGCUUUUGAUGCGUCGUGGAAAUGCUUACGAUUUAUUGGGACUUUCCAAUAACUUUUCCAUUAUAAAAAAUAUAGAAAGUCUUCUUACCAAGACAAGUUCUAAAACUUUGAAACCUUUGUUAAAUGCUUUAUAUCAGCAUGAUGCUUUAGCAUCUCUCAUUUCAGAAGCUUUAAAUGAAAGUGCUUUGGUAAGAAAACGUACAGAGGAAGAAAAAGAAGCCGAGGACAUUGCUGCUCAGUCAACAGAAUUGUCUGAAUCGGAGUCGAUCGUCAGCGGUGCUAAGAAGCGAACGUCCGUUCCUGAAAACGGGUUCAAGCAAAAUUUUUCUGAUAUUUGGAUUAUCACACCGACUUUCAAUGAAACUUUACAAAAUUUGCAUAAACGUAUAGAAAGCCUACUACUUUCAUACGACAAGCUACAGAAUACUUUGGAUAAAAAAUUCGAAAGCAAAGCAACUUUACGGAAAAAUCCCUCGAAGUUAUACUAUGUUCACAUGAAAUCAUCCAAUAGCCUUUUGCUAAAGGAAUUCAUGUCCGUUUUCCCAAAGGCUACAGUAUUCCAUACUACCAAAGCAACCGCUAGCAUUCAACUUCCUGAAUGGUCUUCUCUUGGUUUGGAGCUUGAGAGUGUUAAAUCUUUUAUUCAUCAAGAAGAAGCUAGAGUACUUCAAAUAAUUAUUGAUACGGUGCUUGAAGAGCAUAAAAAAAUACGUGAAACUGCUAAUAUAUUAGAUGAGCUUGAUAUAUCUACGUCGUUGGCUGAUUUAGCUGCAGAAUGCGAGUUUUCUCGACCAAUAUUGGAUGAUUCUCUAUCAAAUACAAUAAUUCAAGGUCGCCAUCCUAUAGUUGAAAAAGGUCUUAAGAAUAAAUUACUUCAGUUUACACCGAAUGACUGUUUGGUUGGAAAUUCCGGCGAUAAUAUCUGGCUUUUAACUGGUCCGAACAUGGCCGGUAAAAGCACAUUCUUGAGACAAAAUGCAGUUAUAUCUAUUUUAGCGCAGAUGGGUAGCUUCGUACCGGCGAGUUAUGCAAAAAUAGGUAUUGUGGAUCAGAUAUUUAGCAGGAUUGGGUCCGCCGAUAAUUUAUAUCAUCAACAGUCCACCUUUAUGGUGGAGAUGAUGGAAACUGCUUUCAUUUUAAAAAAUGCAACAAACCGAUCUUUUAUCAUUAUGGACGAAGUUGGACGCGGGACUACUGCUAGAGAUGGUUUAGCGAUAGCUUAUGGGUGCUUGAAAUAUUUGUCUGAUGUUAAUAGGGCUCGCACACUAUUCGCUACUCAUGCUCAUGAAUUAGCAGAGAAAUUUAAAGCAUAUAAAAACAUUAAGUGCUACUGCACUGAUAUAAUUGUUAACGAGAAUACUGAUACAUUCACUUUCGAUUAUAAGAUUCGAGAGGGUGUUAACAUGAGAUCCCACGGACUAAGGGUAGCUGAAGUAGCCGGUCUUCCGAAAGAAGUUUUGGUAGCAGCCAACGAACUUCUUCACCAAACCACUAGUCCUUAAAUUACUCUUUUCGUUUUAGUUUAUAUAUUUCCUUUUACUUACGAAUAUAAAAAUACUUUAUACCCUAAAUGUUCGUCAAUGUCCAAAUUUCUAGCCAUUUUUCUCACUCCUACACUUCC